AUGGGCGGUAAAUUAAUGGUGAGCACCGUGGUGGUGCUCAUUACCCUCAUCAUCUUCAUGCUGGCCCUCCACCUCUACGCCAGGUGCUACGUUUCCCGGUACCGCCAACAGCAGAUCGAGCGCCAGCCCCAGGUCAGCUGCAGCCGAGCAGACCGCGGUCUCGACAGGGCUGUCCUGAACUCCCUUCCGGUAAUUUCCCUCCACGCCUUCCAGCCGGAGGACGAUUGUGCCGUGUGCCUCUUGGAGUUUGAGGAACGGGAAAUCGUGCGGCUCUUGCCCAAUUGUGGUCACUCCUUCCACGUCCACUGCAUAGAUAUGUGGUUUCAUUCCCACUCUACCUGCCCUAUUUGCCGCAAGCCAGUGGAGGAGAAAGCCCACGCACUGGAACUGGGGACGAGCUACGGUUUUGAGCCAGGGAACAGUGCUGAUGAUACCAUUAUGCCGGCGGGCCUGAGAAUAGAGGUGCCGCCACCCUUGAUGGCUGAACCGCAGACCGAGUUGACUCAGAAAUUGCCGGCAGGACGGUCUUUAUCUUUGACGAGAAUACUCAGCAUGGGAAUGAGGUCGCCAGCGGAGACCAGCCGCGGGGUGAACGAGUUGGACCUGGAGAGGGCGGACUCAGUGAGCCGAAUCGGAGUAUGA